AUGAACACCCUGGUCGAGCCACCGCCGGAGCAUCUGGCAACCGCUUUGGGUGCACUCUCUGGUGGUGGAUUUGGAGGCCAACCAACUGUACCGGCCCAAAAAACCUCCGACUACGGUGUGACAGCCAACGAUAUCAAACUCGAUCUCACCCCUGGCAAGGGUCGACCAGAAUGGGUCUUCUCUUCAUACGCGCCGACUCGCAAUGUUCCUCGUCAGCUGUUCGGAGGCCCUCAGCGAGAGCAGAGCAUGGAAGAAAUGCGCCUCCGUCAUUAUGAACUGGCCGCUGCGGGGAACAUGAACCAAGCCAUUCAGGAGGCUCAGGCCCUGUGGCAAGAGUCCGUAAAUCAAAUGGACUCUGCUUUGAAUGACCUCAACGGAGCUGUCAAAUACAUUAUUGAUGGUGAAAAUGACCACCCCAACCGCAAUGAUAUCACCUCGGGAGCUCAAGGCUCCGGUGCAGCACAGCCAUCAGCAUUCGGACAACCGGCUGGCCCAGCUGCUGGGGCUUUUGGAACUGCUAAUGCCCCUGCUACAGGAUGGGGAAAGCCCGCGGGCUUCGGGCUACCUUCGGCCUUUGGUCAGGGAUCUGCAGUUGGACAACAGGGGUCUGCUUUCGGACAACCAUCAACUGUCGGCCAGCCUUCAGGCUUCGGGCAGCCAUCUACCUUGGGCCAGGGUUCUGCCUUUGGCCAACCUUCAGCUCUUGGCGGCGGACCUACCGCGUUUGGAAAGCCAGCAUUUGGCCAGUCGGGAUUCGCGCAAGCUGGAAGUACUACGUCUGCGUUCGGCCAACCUGCCUUUGGUCAGCCCACCCCUCCAGUAACUGGUGCAUUUGGAGCGCCCUCGGGUGCAUCUCCAUUCACGCAGGUCUCUCAAACCCAACCUGCUACUGGCUUCGGUGCAUCUGCCGGACCCUCCCCAUUCGGCCAGCGACCCGCGCAACAACAACCUGCGGCAACAGGCGGGUUCAGUCAACCGACUGCGCCAUUCGGACAGCCUGCCCAAACCGCAUCACCGUUUGGCCAAGCCCCACAGCAGCAGCAACCGCCGGCAGCUGGUCCCUUUGGGCAACCGUCUGCCCCAGUCAAUCCGUUUAACGCCCCUUCUACUCAGCAGCAGCCCGGGCCCUCAGCCUUUGGUCAACCUGCCGGCCCACAGGGCGUUCCUGUUCAAAAUGUCAAUGCUGGCCCUCGGGCAUUCAUAAAAAUCGACGACGCCAAUGACUUGAAUCCUCUCCCUCAACUACAGGGUGAGACUCGACGUGAUCCUAACACCAACCGCAUCACCAUGUGGAAGGGUCGUCCAGUAAAUUACAUCAAUGAUGCCCCCUGCUACCUCCACCCUCAGGACAACAAGACCUACGUCCGCAUCAAUUUCCCGGACGGUCCCCCAGACGACACCACUCUGCAAGAUUCCCAGGGGAAGCCUGAGGAAUACACGCCCGAAGUUGAGGAAAUGUACAAGUUCUUCCUUGAAAAUGGCUAUUUCAAGGACGGUGUCAUCCCGUCCGUUCCUCCGAGGAAGGACUUCAUCAGUUUUGAUUUCUAG